AACAACAAGAAUCGGCUCAGGUUUCAGGCGAAGGCAGAUGCAUUAACAUCCGCCCGUACAUUUGACGGUAUAACAAAUAUAACACCCUCGCCCAAUGUUUUUUUUGUAACAAAUUCCUAAUAUUGUUUGACAGUGCACCAAUCUCGAUGUCGGUUCGUUUCUCGUUUAGUGAUCGAUUAUAGUGAUUGUUCGUGAAUAUUCUGCAGAACCAGUGUACCUUGUGGCUAAUGUAGUGAUAUCGCGGACUAAAAGGUACCAAUAGGUACCCCGAAGAUGGUGACUUUAAUGCCCUGCAACUAUUUAAAUACCCAGACCUCGAGGUGCACCAUGAUAGACAAGAUGUGUGAACCUAAGGUCAAAAGGGCUCGAAUUGACACAUCGGAUUCGUCUCAGAGAGAGAGAUUAGUUACCGAGCCGUGCUGUAGCCCGCAAAGUGGUCAUUCUUCGUCCACUUGUGGAUCGCCACCGGCUACUGGCAUCAUCAAUAAUGGACCGACUGCUGCUGAUCCUUUGACCAGCUCUGCUGCAACCUGCCUGGCAGCAUCCACGAAUUUUGCAGCUGUUGCGGUCGCUGGCUGGCCGUUAUUGGAUGCACCGGGUGUCAAAAGUGAGAUUAAAAGUCCCGGAUUAGCCGAAACGGACGUAACAGGCCUCGCUUCGCAAGAUUCGGCUUCGUCGUCGUUUUAUGGGCCAUCGGUGGAUUUGGGUGCCGCUGUAUACGACAAAGAUUAUCCACAGGCGUAUGCAGCGGCAUCUGCGCAUCAGUACUACAAUAGCAUGCAACAAGCAUAUGGCAGCCCCAGCUCAGCGGCAGCGCAAUACAUAAAUUCCGCCAGCUCCAGCGCUUUUUAUAAUACCUCUUCUUACCCGUACUCUACUCUAAAUGCAUCACGUGGCCUCAAUCCUUCUUGCAAGGGCUCCACUGGAUACAUAACAUCACCGUAUGCUUCCCCAGCUUCAGCGUUUGGAACGGCUUCGGCUCAGGGGAGCCAGUAUUCGCCAUAUUCGACUUACGCCACUCCGAGUGCCAGUGCAGCAUCUUUUGCACAAGGAUUUACGCAGGGCGUAGAAUACGGCGCAUACGGAUCAACGUACACUGAAACACAAGCACCGCAAUAUGCAUCAUCGUACUACGCGUCGCAGUCCUAUUCCCCGUACGUUAGUUCACCUAGUUCUAGUGGCAGCAUAGGAACAUCCACUUACCAGUUAACCUCGUCCCUAUCGGAAAGUCCAUCAAAUGGUAUUCCCUUAGUGGAAAGUCCUACAUCUCCUGUCAAAAUUGACAAUUCAAGAAGGUCAAGGGAAUCAUCUAGCAGCAUUAGUAGCGAAACCCGUGUCACCAGAGGCAGAGGCAGGAGAAAUAAUACAGUAUCUCCUACUGCACCGGAAUCUACAACAGACCGAGUGUUCAUAUGGGACUUGGAUGAAACGAUAAUUAUUUUUCAUAGUUUAUUGACUGGUAGUUAUGCCGCAAAGUACCAAAAAGAUGCUCAAAAUGUCGUUCAAUUAGGAUUCAAGAUGGAAGAAAUGGUUUUUAAUUUAGCAGACACACACUUCUUUUUUAAUGAUAUUGAGGAAUGCGAUCAGGUUCAUAUUGAUGAUGUGUCAUCAGAUGAUAAUGGUCAAGAUUUAAGUAAUUACAACUUUAGUACUGACGGAUUCCAUGCAGCAUCAGCUGCAGGCACUGGUAAUCUCUGUUUGUCUACUGGGGUUCGAGGUGGGGUAGACUGGAUGAGAAAGUUGGCUUUUAGAUACAGAAAGAUUAAGGAAACCUACAACAACUAUAGAAACAGUGUCGGUGGUCUAUUGGGCUCAACUAAAAGAGAACAAUGGCUUCAGCUAAGGCAAGAAAUCGAAGUAGUCACUGACAACUGGCUCACACUAGCAAAUAAAUGUCUGACACUAAUCAACUCUCGGACUAAUUGCGUGAAUGUAUUAGUAACCACAACUCAACUCAUACCCGCAUUAGCAAAAGUGUUGUUGUUUGGGCUGGGCAAUGUGUUCCCCAUUGACAACAUUUAUUCAGCAACCAAAAUCGGUAAAGAGAGUUGUUUUGAGAGGAUUGUAACCAGAUUUGGCCGGAAGUGCACAUAUGUAGUAAUAGGAGACGGGCAAGAUGAAGAAGCUGCCGCGAAAACUUUAAAUUUUCCAUUUUGGAGGAUAACGAGUCAUAGCGAGAUAGCAGCUCUUUAUAACGCCUUGGAUAUGGAUUUUUUAUGAUCAUCCUAUGUUCCUUGAUUUUUAUGCCCAUGUAAAAAUUGUACAUUUAUAAAUAUUUUAAUUGUAUGUAUGUAUAUGUUCUAAUUAGGGAGUAAAUUUUAUGUUUUUAAUAUAUCUUUUUAUGGUUUUAUCUGCAUUUCAAUGUUUGUUUACGAUGAAAUGUGUUAACAUUAGAUCAGUUAGACCAAUCAGCUUUUGUAUAGCAUCAAAUUGCAUUGAAAAUAUCUCAUCCGGCAAAUGCGGCAAAAUAUAUGAAAAAUUUUCCAACAAAAUUGCUAGUGCGUAGAGAUCAUUAAAUGUUCUGAGAAGACGAGUUAAGUGUAUGGAAAUCGCUGUUUAGAAAGAAAAUGUCGCAAAGUGCGGGUUAGAGAGUAAAAAUCAUUCCCUUCUCUAUGAAAAUAUCGAUGCCCCCUAUGGCCUAACAAUUUUUACCGUGGGCUACUGAAUUACCUAAUAGCCGUAUGAUUUAACCUAAUAAAAUUAAACAAAGGACAAUAAAUAUUAACAAAUCAUGGCUGACAACAAUUCGAUCUUUCAUUUCACUUUCAUUAUGAAUACAGCUAAAAAUACUUUGGAAAUUUUCUAAUCGUUUUAAAAAUUUGUUUAGUUUGCUAGACCAUUAACUUUAAUUACAUUAGGUAUACAUAAUUGAAAUUUACUCCUUAAUAAAAACAUGAUUUCAAAAUGUGGCGUACCAGAAAGCUGAACUUCAAUAUAAGUGUUUUUUGGUUUUCAUUUAAUUUUUUUUAUUAUUUAGAAUACUUUGUUCAUUAUAACAAAGAAUAACACAGGUUAAAAUUUUGAUAAAUAUUUAAAAUUCAGCAAAUCACCCAAACACCCAUUUAACAUUUACUGUACAUAGGUUUCGGUAAUGCAUAGUCACAUAUAUAAUCACUUGAAUUGGAAAAGAAAAUUAUCAGUGGUGGGAGAAUGGGGAUUUGAAAAUAUAUCUAAUACAUGCUAUAUUACAAUAUUUACUACAGUAUUGUAUACAUAUGAAAAACGCAUUAUAUUGAUAAAGCUUUCUGGUAGUUAUUUGACUGUAAAAAAAUAUAAAUGUUAAAACUCGCAAUGUAUUCAAUUGUUAUUAUGUGCCAACAUUGUUUUUUUUUCCGCAACUGAAUUAAAUACACAGAAAUGCAGGUACACGACGGCUUUUAAGUCAAGCUAAUGAGUUUUAAUUAAUUUAAACAUUAAGUAUCCUCAACAGAAAAAACGCAUAUUCUUCUAACUAGCCAAUGCUCUAUUUAAGACUUCUAGAUUGUAUAUCCUUUACAUUUUUUUCAUAUUUGGCAAGUCUUCCUUUGUAGAAACUUUAAAAAACAAACAACCAAAAGUUCACUCUUUCUAAUUUGGGGAUGAUCUCAAUUAACAUUUACAUACCAAUUAGUACUACUGACAAUUAUUUGCAAAAAUAUUUUUAAAUCAAAUAUUUUUUCAUUUGAAAAGUAGAAUUUAAUUAGUAUAUGAUCUCAAAAAUCCAAAUUGAAAUAAAAAUAAAUAUAAUAAUCAUAUACUCUAGGUUUAGUUCUAUUUUUGCAUUUAAUCAAAAUGGCACUUACCAAAACAAUAAAAUACUAGUGUAAUUUGUGUAAUAUAAAAACAGGUUGUUUCUUAAAUUGUAUUAAAAAUUACAAUAAAAUAUUAUGUAUAUAAACCAAUGGUUAUUGAUUUCCACCUUUUCAUAUUUAAAAGUGUU